CGCAAAGGAGUCCGCUGCGCUCGACCGCGCUCAUAAGAGAAACAGCGUGUGUGGUUCUUGACGUGCCGCGAACCUUCGAACACAAGUGCCAUAGUACCCUGUGAAGAAGCGUUCCAGCGACUCUCCUGUUCCCGCCAUCGCAGUCACCAGCGCGACGUGCUGUUUCGCCCCAGACUCGAUGUCCUUCACAGGCCCAUUCCAUGGCCCUCGUUUCUGCUGAUUCCCGAAUUGCAGAGCUUCUCACGGAGCUCCAUCAGCUGAUCAAGCAAACCCAGGAAGAGCGUUCGAGGAGUGAACACAACUUGGUGAACAUCCAGAAAACCCACGAGCGGAUGCAGACUGAGAACAAGAUUUCUCCUUAUUACCGGACAAAGCUGCGUGGUCUCUACACAACCGCCAAGGCCGAUGCAGAGGCUGAGUGCAACAUCCUCCGCAAGGCGCUGGAUAAGAUAGCUGAGAUCAAGUCUCUGUUGGAAGAGAGGCGGAUUGCGGCCAAGAUCGCAGGUCUCUACAAUGACUCGGAGCCCCCACGGAAGACCAUGCGCAGGGGUGUCCUGAUGACAUUGCUGCAGCAGUCGGCCAUGACCCUGCCCCUCUGGAUCGGGAAGCCUGGUGACAAGCCCCCACCCCUCUGUGGAGCCAUUCCAGCCUCAGGGGACUAUGUGGCCAAACCUGGAGACAAGGUGGCUGCUAGAGUGAAGGCUGUGGACGGGGACGAGCAGUGGAUCCUGGCUGAAGUAGUCAGUUACAGCCAUGCUACCAACAAGUAUGAGGUAGACGACAUUGAUGAAGAAGGCAAAGAGAGACACACCCUGAGUCGGCGGCGCAUCAUCCCACUGCCCCAGUGGAAAGCUAACCCUGAGACAGACCCUGAGGCCUUGUUUCAGAAGGAGCAGCUGGUGCUGGCCCUAUAUCCCCAGACCACCUGCUUCUACCGUGCCCUGAUCCACACCCCCCCACAACGGCCUCAGGAUGACUACUCAGUCCUGUUUGAAGACACCUCCUAUGCAGAUGGCUACUCCCCUCCUCUCAAUGUGGCCCAGAGGUACGUGGUGGCUUGUAAGGAGCCCAAGAAAAAGUGAAGCUGGCUGGCAGGCUUGAGUCUCAUGGGAAAAGGCAACAAAGGAGUUCCUGUAAUCAAAUAAACAGUCUUCCUCUCACCGUGUCUCCUGGGCCUCACUGCCUCAGACCCUCUUGCCCUCCUCUCUCAGACACAUGGGAUUGAUGGCCGCAGGAGGGAGAAGGCCCAGUCAGCUCCCAGCGGCAUUUAUUCUUUCAGGUAAAAUACAGUUUUUGUCUUCUUCUCUUGCA